AAAAAAAAUUACAUUUUCAACAGAGGUCGACGAUCGUCACUCGUUAUAGAACUUGCUUAGUUGUUUCUGUUGAGGCUGGUGAUUCAACCCCAUUUCUUAAGGCUUCUUUGUUCCUUAUACUCCUUUGACAAUAUUAAAUCCAGUCGAGAUCAAACAAAGAGGAAUCCCAUCCUUGAUUCUCUAUCUCCUUGAUCAAAAUUCUCCUCCCUGAAUCUGCUGGUUCUGUUCGGCCUAGGGUUAGGAGGGUGUAAAGGAUUCAAAAUUUGCUCUUUUCUAAUCGUUUUUCUUAUUCGUAUGAGAGAUGAGUUUUCAGGAUCUCGAAUCCGGUGGGCAGCUUCAGGGUAGGAAGAAUCUCAUCAACGGAAAGCAGGAUCCAACUCAGGCAGUCGCUGCUGGCGUGUUCCAGAUCAACACGGCAGUUUCCACGUUCCAGCGUCUUGUUAACACGCUCGGAACCCCAAAGGACACACCGGAGCUCCGGGAGAAGCUGCACAAGACACGGCUACAUAUUGGACAAUUAGUGAAGGAUACUUCAGCAAAACUUAAACAAGCUAGUGAAACUGAUCACCAUGCAGAAGUUAAUCCUCGCAAAAAGAUUGCUGAUGCAAAGCUUGCCAAAGAUUUCCAAGCAGUACUCAAGGAGUUUCAGAAAGCUCAACGCCUUGCUGCUGAGAGAGAAACAGCUUAUGCACCUUUCGUACCCCAAGCAGUUCUUCCUUCAAGCUACACUGCAAGUGAGGUUGAUAUCAGUUCUGACAAAACACUAGAGGAGCGUGCUGUACUGGUGGAAUCUAGAAGGCAAGAGGUACUGCUACUGGACAAUGAGAUUGUCUUUAAUGAGGCUAUCAUCGACGAGCGAGAACAAGGAAUACAGGAGAUUCAGCAGCAAAUUGGUGAGGUUAAUGAAAUUUUCAAAGAUCUUGCCGUGCUGGUUCAUGAUCAAGGUGUUAUGAUUGAUGAUAUUGAGUCCAAUGUUGAGAACUCCCUGUCGGCUACAUCACAGGCCAAAACUCAGCUAGCCAAAGCAUCAAAGACGCAGAAAUCAAACUCAUCUCUGGCAUGCUUGCUAAUGGUGAUAUUUGGGAUUAUCCUGCUCAUUGUGAUCAUAAUCGUGGCAACUUGAUAAGCUGGAAGCUAUGGGGAUUUGAUUCUUUUGGUUCAAUUCAAUACAGUUAAUGUGUGAUAAGAUGCAAACGACUAAUCUCUAUUAAUGUCUGAGUUUUG